AUGGACUUCGCGACGCCAGACGGCGCGCCCUACGCGCGCAGCCCGCCCAGCGCCCAGAAUCCCUCAAUUUCGCCAUCGCCGACGCCUUCUACGGCCUCAGUUAUCCCUACCCAGCCCGACUUUGCCAUGAUACCGAACCCUCCGCAAGGCGGGGUCAACGGGGAGCCUGCCGAGUCGAUCGACGCCUUCACGACCCAUCUCAACGACUUCGCCCGCGCCAACGGCUUCGCGAUCGUACGCCGCAGUGGCUCGAACCCAAGCGACGGUAAGGCUACGCGAUACGACCUCCUCUCCGACCGUAGUGCGGUGCGUCAGACGAUUACUGGCACUACGGACAUUGGUUCUCUCUGCAACUGCGCGUUCGGCCUCGUCUCCACGGAGCGCAAGGAGGGCUACGACUUCCUAAUCAAGUCCUUCAACGAGAUACAUACUGAGGUCGGCGCUCGCGAGCCCAGCGUUGCCAUCACCGACUUCGAAGACGCCCUGCGCGCCUCGAUCAUGGAGGCCCUGCCUGCCACCCAGCUGCAACUUUGCAUCUUUCACAUCAACGCCAACGUCGACAAGUACGUACGCCGUCGUUGGCAGGGCGACGGUGGCGCGCCUGCCGACGAGUACGACGUCAACCCCGACAAGGAGGCUGCCGAGGCAGAGGUCGCUGCCGCCGCCAAGGCUGCGCAAGAGGCCCGCGAGGCAGAGGCGGCUAUACUCAACGACCCUCAAGCCCAGGCUCUGAACGAGGUGGUCCGCGCCAACAGAGUAUUGAGUAGGCGUCAACUUGACGCCCUCGUCAUCGACCAUACGCCUACGGGCUUCACAAAGCUUUGGGCGUACGUGAUGUACGCCGAUACGGAGGACUUCAACGCUGCCUGGGCUCGCCUACAGGAAGAGUUUGCUGACCGAGAGCCUACUCUUGACUACCUCCGAUCGACCUACUUCCCUCUCCGCCACCAGUGGACCCAGUGCUUCAUCAGCGAGUAUGAGAACUAUGGCGUUCGCACCAACUCUCCCACCGAAACUGCACACAAGGACCUCAAGUCCUAUGUCAUCACCGGGCACUCAGACCUUCUCGGCGUCUCUCAAGCAAUCGACGAAAUGCUUCGGAAUAAGGAGCGUACGUACUGCCGUGGCCGCUUCACCCACCAGUUCAAGCUUCCUUGCAGCCACAAGAUCCUCGAGCUCGAGAAGGACGGCGAGAAGCUCACGAUAUACGACGUCAACCCGCCAUUGGACGACGUCAAUACGUUGAACACAUAG